AUGAACAACAACAGCAAUAAUUGUUCAAUUCAUAAUAAUGAAUUUAUAUAUAUUUGUAAAAAUUGCUAUUGUUUAAUUUGUAUAAAGUGUUUAACUAGCACUCAUAAAUCACAUGAAAUUUCGGAAAUAUCAAUAGCAAAUAUUAAAUCAAUUGUUAGAGAUUUUAAAAACCAUCAAAUUUAUACACUCAAUGGUUAUUUAAAAAGUGAUAAAGUAAUAUUGGAUUCAACAAACCAUUGUUUUCAAGAUUUAGAGCUAAAGUAUAAAAAGAAUAAAGAAGAUAUUGAUGAAAACUUUAGAGAACUAUAUCAAAUAUUAGAACAGGCUCAAAAAGAAAUACACAACAAAAUAGAUUUAGAAUUUAAUAAAAAUAAAGAAUUUUAUGAAAAUCUAAAAAAUCAAAUAGAACAUGAUGAUCAAGUCUCAAAACAAAUUAUAAAAAACAAUUUUAAUCAUUACCCACGUAAUAUUAAUUUUAGUGAUGAUGCUCACGAAUCAAUAAAUAACAAAUCCAAUAUAAGUAAUAAUGAUAAUAAUGAUAAUAAUGAUAAUGAAAGUAGCAGUGAUGAAAAUGAUGACAAUAAUAAUAAUAGCAAUAAUAACAAAAUUUUAAAUAAUAAAAAAUUUAUUAAAUACUAUUCAAUUUUAAAAGAUGCCCUAACAACUAGAAAUUUAAUUGAUGAAAGAAUUGAUAGAUCAAGAUGCACCAAUGCCAGCAAUAAUGGUUGUAGUAUAAUAAGCAGUAAUGGGUCGCCAUUAAAAAACUCAUCAACCUCAAAUACAUUUUUUAAAGAUUUUUUAAUUUCAUUUAAUCAAGAAUCAUUUGAAAAGAUAAAAGAGCUAUUGCAAUUAAAACUAAACUCUUUUGUUGUAAAGCAAUCAAGCUAUCAAGACAAUACCACACAUCAUCAUAAAAUGAUGAAUAAAAAAUUUUCAAUUGGUUGCAGGGAAUUUUAUUUAACAAAUGGAGAACCUAUUCAUAUGGAUACCAAACAUUUGGCUCUUUCGGCUGACAUUGACAUUGUUUCAGCUCAUAAUAUAUUAAACUCCUCAAGCUCAACUAUCAAAUCACUAUUUUUCAGCAAUGGUUUUCCCCAUCCAGUUUCUCCAAACAUUAUUCCUGAAAAAACCGAUGCUCUUUUCAUAUCUGGUUUAAAGCAUGUAUUGCUACGAGGAAGUAUACCCAACACCAUAAAAAGUCUAUACCUUUUCGAUGGAUUUUCUCAAAACAUAUCACAAGAAUUUAUUCCACCAAGCGUAAGCUCCCUGAACAUAUACAACAUCAAAAAUGCUAUCGAUGCCUAUUCAAUUCCAAAGUCAAUUACAAAGCUUACACUUCAUCACUAUCAAUUCCCAAUAGUCCAUGGCAUGAUCCCACCCUCAACUACCAAUCUUUUAAUUGGUAACACUAAAUACCCAAUUGAAAAGGGCAUUAUUCCAGAUAGUGUAGUAGAAAUGACAUUCUUUGAGGGCUAUUCCCAUAGAAUUGAACCACAAGUUUUACCUAGCUCCCUAUUAAGACUAACCCUCAGUAAAGUUAAAUAUCCUCUGUCUGAAGACUCACUACCCACAACAUUAAAAGAAAUUUCAUUCACCCAAGGUUUCAAUCAUCCAAUUAUUGCAACUAAUAUAAUUCCAUCAUCAGUUAACCUCAUAUCAAUAGGAAACAUUACCGAACCUUUAAACAUUCAUUCUAUCCCAGAAACUGUCGAAAUUAUUCAAUUUGCUGAUGGGUUUAAUCAUAAAAUUCAAAAAGAAACUUUAAAAAAUGUUAAAACCAUUGGAUUUUAUGACAUCAAACACCCUUUAUGUAAUAACUCUUUACCCUCAACUGUUAAAGAACUUCAUUUUCACGAUAGUUUCCCUCAUUUAAUAACACCUGGGGUAAUUCCAUCUAGUGUCGAAACUGUUUUUAUCUAUAAUAUUAAAUAUGGUUUGGUAGAAGGAUCAAUACCAAAUAGUUGUAAACAACUCUAUCUUGACAAAUUUUACCACACAAUUUUACCAGGACAUAUCCCAUAUAGCAUUGAACGUUUGAUUAUAUGUGAUAUUGAUCCUUUAAUUCAAAACUCAAUACCUCCAACUGUUGGUUUAAUUCAAAUUUCACCAGAUUAUAAAUUUAAAAUUGACAAUCAUAUCAUUCCCUCAAAUGUUAAAGUUAUAAAUUGUCAAGAGUAA